CCAUUGUGGCAAAUGUUUUCCGGAAAAGAAAGCUCUUCGCAUUGCCUCGCGAAAACUGCCGCGCCAACCAGAGUAUCGCGAGUGUUACGGCGCAUGCGCAACCGCGAAUCGAUUCGACGCACAACGCCGUCCUGCCGUUGAUUUCACGCGGUUGAAGUAUUUUUGGAAGUCGUGGUAUUUUUAGUCGAAUUUUAGUCACCGAAUUCCAGAUUUUUCGGAUAUGUGACGGAAGAACGUAUCAUCCAGGAUUUGGGGCAGUUUGUUGUGCGAGAGUUGAUCGAAGAAAAAUUUGGAAAAAUGCGUGUAUUAGUCCGUAGUGUGUGAUUUCCUGGCUUUCGAAAUUUGGAGGUUAGAAUAAUAAGAAUCGAAGAUUGAAACUUUAACGUUCAAGAAAUGUAAAUUUUGGACUCUACUGUUUAAGAGUGGAAAGCUCAGCGUUGCAGUUGGUGUACCCGCUGGAUUCUCGUCCGGUGCAGCUAAUCUUCCGGGGGUUGCAGGUGGUCAAGGAGAAACGAUCCCUCCUCCGGGAUGUCUCGGGCGUUGUUAAACCCGGCGAACUUUUGGCCGUCAUGGGCCCCUCAGGUUGCGGCAAAACGACGUUAUUGAACUGCCUGUCAGGCCGCGUGGGCUUGGACGGGGGUGAAAUCUGGCUGAAUCGUGAAAGGUUGACAAAAAGAUGGCGCAGAAGAAUCUGUUACGUGCAACAGCAGGACGUUUUCUUUCCCGAUCUCACGUUACGACAGACACUCGAGUACCAGGCGAGGCUCAGGCUUCCGGACACGUUCUCGCACUCGCAGAAGAUGCAGUGCGUGGAUCAUAUCAUCGAGGUCCUCGACCUCGCCACCUGCCAAGACACCAUUAUCGGAGAUUACACGAAACGAGGACUCUCCGGUGGCGAGAAGAAAAGGACGAGCAUAGCCUGCGAGUUGCUUACCAAUCCUUCGCUCAUGUUGCUCGACGAACCGACGAGCGGGUUGGACUCCCAUUCGGCACAGGCGUUGAUUUCACGGCUGAAGAAGUACGCGGAACAAGAGGGGAAGAGCAUAGUGAUAACAGUGCAUCAGCCAAGCUCGAGGAUGUUCCACAGUUUCAGCAAGAUCCUGCUGCUGAGUCGUGGCCAAGUCGCGUAUUACGGCCUCACGGCAAAUAUCGGCAGGUUUUUCUCCACGAUCGGACUCACCCUCCUCCCCCACUACAACCCCGCUGAUUUUAUACUGGAGCAAAUAAAGGGGCCAGAAGAGGUUCGGGAGCGCAUCGUUGCAGCGGCGAGGAACGCGAGACAGGGACCUGACUGCCCGCCGGAACUUCGCCCGGACUACAAUCCAAGCCAACAUCCGCUCUGCGACCAUCUGAUCCAUUAUCACGAGCACCACAUCAGCCACAACGUGAAAGAGGACGAAGGUCGCACGCUGUGGUUAGACACGCAAAGCCAUGCCAGCAGCAGCGCCAGCUCCGCGGACGACGACUAUACCUGGCAGUGGCCCACCAGUUUCUGGUCGCAAUUCAAAGUAUUAUCAGAAAGAAACUUUCAAGAGGCACGGCCUCGGAUGCUGUCUCGUCUCAACUGGCUUCAAACGAUAGCUCUCGGCCUGCUUGCUGGACUGUUGUGGCUAAGACUUCCCAGAACCGAAGCGGCACUUCACGACAUCCAAGGAUGGAUGUUCUUCAGCACCACGUACUGGAUGCUGUUCGCACACUUUGGCGCACUCUCCAGUUUUCCUCCGGAACGCGAGGUGAUCAACAAGGAGCGGCUUUCAGGAUCGUAUCGGCUCUCGGCCUAUUACUUGGCGAAAAUGGUCGGCGAGUUGCCGCUUACGAUCACGUUGCCCGCUGUCUACCAUAUCAUCAGUUACCCGAUGUUGGGCUUCCACAGUCCGGCAGUUUUUGUCACCCUGCUGGCGUUUCUCUUACUCAACACCAUCGUCGCGCAGAGCGUGGGAUUCUUCGUUGGGGCAUGCUGUUUGGAUCUGCAGGUUAGCAUAACAGCGUCCGCGCUCUACACACUGGCCACGCAAUUGCUCGGCGGUUAUUUGGCCACAGCUGUCCCACCGUGGCUCGCAUGGGCAAGAUACGCGAGUAUGGUGCACUACGCCUAUCAGAACAUGCAAAUCCUGGAAUUCGGCGUUGGCGAACCGAUCACAUGCUCGCAGCCAAGCAAGUUCCAGGAAUGCAGGAACGCCACGACGAUACCCGUCUCGGCGAUCCUCGAGAGCCAGGGAGGCGCAAGGGGUUCCGGUCUUCCACUGUGGGCGAACACCGCCGUCCUCCUGGCGUUCCUCGUCAUAUUCCGCACCCUGGGCUACCUGGUGUUGCGCUACUAUCGCGUGCCCAAGUGAAACGGCGCGCGAUGAGAACCGCCUUUCCACACUGCCGCCACAAUCCACCGUACGACACUGGUGGAUCCGGCCGCGAUCGACGGACGUCGUCACGGCCUCGCCGCGCUAACGGGAACCUCGUCAACGUCGUCAUUUCGUCGUUCGAGCUUCCGUUUCACCCUUCGUUUCGUGUGCAUCGAUCGAGAUAUAUAUAUACAUAUAUAUAUAUAGAGGCAGAGAGAGAGAGAGAGAGAGAGAGAGAGAGAGAGAGAGACACUCGAGACCGAGAUAUUUAUUUUUCCAGGAUUGACACGCGGAAUUCGGGGGUGGUAAUGAAAAGAUAAUCCUGAUAAACUUUACUCGAAGCACCUUUUUUUUCUUUUUUUCGAUCGAGAAGAGGAUGAUGAGUGAUGAUGAAUAAUAAAUCGAAUCCAACUUGAGGAUGUUUAAGGAUUAAAGAAUUAUACUCUUUCGGAAUCGCUGUUCUAUUUAUAAUGCUCGUGUGUACGAGUAAAGGGAGGGGAGAGGGGGGGAUAAACACGCGAAUUUCGAGGAUCAAUUCUUGGAUUCGUCUUUUCACGACCACCUGACUAAUAUACUCCACUCUUUGAUAUCUUAAUUAUCGAGCUAGGACUACUACUACUACUACUACUAUUUUUUAUUAUAUAAUUGUACACCGCAUCAUACACGCAGAAAUAUAGAAUAUAUACCUCAGACAGACAGGGAAAGAAAAGAAGAGAAGAGAAAAGAAAAGAAAUCAGCGACCUAAGCGAAACGAGGGGUUAUAAACGAGAGCCGGAGGGGUUGACAAGGAGCGAGGAAUUUUGGGGAGUUUUUUGCGCUCGUUUCCGCUAGCGGCUGGCCACGAGAGAGAGAGAGAGAGAGAGAGAGAGAGAGAGAGAGAGAGAGAGAGAGAGAGAGAGAGAGAGAGAGAGAGAGAGAGAGAAACUCGCGUCACCGAGAGACUUGGCGAUGACUAUAUAUAUAUAAGAUUGUACACGUAGAGAUUUUAUAUAUAUAUAUAUAUAGAUAGACAGAUAAGUAGAUAGAGAUAUAUAUAUAUAUAUAUAUCACUCUGUCACGUGGAGUAAGAUGAAGAACGUAAUGGAAUGGGAGAAUGCAUGGAUGACGAGUGAGUGAACGAGGAGGGAGACUCUUUUCUUUUUGAUUUUUCUCGCGGAAACAAGGGUAUAUAUAAUACGAUAAAGCAAAGAUACGCGUGUAUUUUGUGUUUCAAAGUGUGUACGUAUGUACAUGAUGAUACUCGCGAGUGAAUGGGAUCGAAUGUGUGUGGAAACGAUGAGAGAGAGAGCUGUUUCUUCGUUCUUUUUCUCUCUUUUUUUUUUUAAUUUUCUCGUUUUUUGGAAGAAAAAAAAAAAAGUUGACCGAAAGAGAUCGCGAACGCGACAGAUCGAGACGCAUUUUUACGACUACGAAUCUUUUUCUUACCACUCUGAAUCUUACUACUACUACUCUGAAUCGAAGAAGAUGAGAAGAUAAAAAAUAAAGUAAAAAAAGUGAGAAACUUCGAGGAGAGAGAGAGGAGAGAAAUGAAAACCUCUAUAUAUUAUAUAGCGUCGAAUUCACUUCAGCCUUCAAACGUUUCGAAGGCGUGAAAAGGUAUGAGAGGAAAGAAAAAGGGGGGAAGGGGGAGAAGAAUAAUAGGGAAAUAAGAAGGAAUUUUUUUUAAUCGUUCUUUUAGCGACUAUCCACGUUUUACUUUCUACUUUUUAUUACCGUUGAUGAAACAUGAUUCUACCUUGCUACCAAGACGAUAAUAUCUCGCCCCCAGAUGGCAAGGUGGACGAGCUGCUGCUAAUUCUAUGGAUUAUGAUAAUUACAUCUUCUACCACUUAGUACUUUUUAUUAUUGGACGCUGUAAAAGCAGCGUUGAGGGAUUAUAUCGAGCGAGAGUGAGAGUGAGAGUGUAUGUGAGAAAGAAAGAGACAGAGAUGACCGUUCAUAUACGCAUAUAUAUAUAUAUAUACAUAUACAUACAUACAUAUAUAAACAUAGGCUGCCAAUUUUCGAUCGAUUUGUAGAAAGAGGAAAGCGAUAAAAAAAACGAAGAGGGGGAAGAAAUGUGACGAAAAGCGAGAGGGGCAUACGUGUGCAUAGCGAGAAAGGGGGGAAAAAAAAAAGAAAAAUUUUUUUCUUGGGAAAGAUUUUACGAGUUUGGACGAAUUUGUGAUGAAUUUUAAGGAGGGGAGGAGAAAUCGGAAAUUUUAUAGCGGUUAAUUGUUUGCGUUACACGCGUGCCGUGUAUAUAUAUAUAUUAGGCGAAUAUUAACGAAUAAAAAUAGUUCGAAAUAAAAAAAAAGAAGAAAAAAAAAAUUGCUCGGAAAAAAAUAUGGAGAUAAAAAUAUAUACGGUUAUAUACGGAGAAGGUUCUUAAAGUGGUUUAUACUUAUAAAAGAUCCGGAACUCUUUAAAUCGAUAUUAAGAAUUGUUGUUGGAAUUUGGCGUAGAUCUAUGUGAUGUUUUUCUUUUUUUUUUUUUUUUAAAAAAA